ACUGCCCUGAGGGCUCUGCGGGGCCCCGGGGGCUCUGCCGGGACCCGGGGCGGCUCUGCGGGCACUGCCGGGGCUUCUCUCGCUGCGGCCCGGGACAGACCAGCCUGCUGCGCCCCUCCCGAGAGAGCGGAGUCACCGGGAGCGGAGUCACCGGGAGCGGAGUCACCGGGAGCAUGCUGCUGGAUCAGCCGGCCUGCGCCUUUAAGGUCACCCGCGUCUGGACAGACCUCAAAGGGUUGCUUUUCCUGGGUGUGUUUAGCCUUAAUGAAUCUAUGAUAAAUUUGCCUUCCUUGUGCCUCCCAGCCGAGAGCCCAAAAGCCCUGGCCUGCCAGAGCCAGAGCCAGCACCACAUGGACGUCAUCAAGGUUUUUAACGAUCCAAUUCAUGGGCACAUUGAGAUACAUCCCCUUCUUGUUCGAAUCAUCGACACGCCCCAGUUUCAGCGCCUCAGAUACAUCAAGCAGCUGGGUGGCACUUACUUUGUUUUCCCUGGAGCCUCGCACAACCGCUUUGAACACUCCAUCGGUGUGGGCUACCUAGCUGGACUUCUGGUUCGUACACUGAAGGAGAGACAACCAGAACUGGAUAUAACCCAGCGAGACAUCCUCUGUGUAGAAAUUGCUGGGCUUUGUCAUGAUUUGGGUCAUGGGCCAUUUUCACACAUGUUUGAUGGAAGAUUUAUUCCCCUGGCUCGUCCAGGUUUGAAGUGGAAGCAUGAAACUGCUUCUGUUGAGAUGUUUGAGCACCUGAUCACUUCUAAUAAACUUGAAGAAGCAAUGAAGUCAUAUGGUCUUGUCCUAGAAGAAGAUAUGGACUUUAUCAAGGAACAGAUAGGAGGGCCUAUAGGUGAAAGUCCCUCUGGGAAAUCGUGGCCCUACCGUGGUCGACAAAAGGAGAAAAGUUUCCUAUAUGACAUAGUAGCUAACAAAAAAAAUGGCAUUGACGUUGACAAAUUGGAUUAUUUUGCAAGGGAUUGCCAUCACCUAGGGAUCCCAAAUAAUUUCGAUUAUAACCGGUACCUGAAAUUCACUCGGGUCUGUGAGGUGAAUGAUGAGAAGCACAUCUGUACUCGUGACAAGGAAGCUGGGAAUCUGUAUGAUAUGUUCCACGAGCGGCACUGGCUGCACCGGCGAGCGUACCAGCAUAAGACUGGCAACAUCAUUGAGCUGAUGAUUACAGAGGCCUUUCAAAAAGCAGACAAAUUUUUUAAAAUCGAAGGCUCUGGAGGAAAACAGUACCACAUUUCUACAGCAAUGGAGGACAUGGAAGCCUAUGCAAAGCUGACUGAUAAUAUCUACCUGGAAAUUCUGCACUCCAAUCGUCCAGAACUGAAGGAGGCACAAGAAAUUCUGCAUAAAAUACAACGGCGUGAAUUAUACAAGUAUUUAGGAGAGACCCAACCUGAAGGAUCAAAGGGAAUUUUAAAGAGCAAUAACCUGGGAGAAAGCAUUGCUAAUGCCAAGCCAGAAAAGGAUCCCCCAAAAGUGAAGCCAAAGGCUGAAGAUUUCAUAGUUGAUGUGAUCAAUAUAGAUUAUGGAAUGAAAGAACAGAAUCCCAUCGACAAUGUUCUCUUCUACUGCAAGGCUGAUCCUUCCAAAGCUGUCAACAUCUGCAGAGAACAGGUUUCCAAGUUUUUACCCAUCACAUUUUCAGAGCAGGUUAUCCGGGUUUAUUACAGAAGUCGGGAUCCAGCUCUUCUGUUUGCUGCAAAGCAGUAUUUUAUUCAGUGGUGCAUAAAGAAUAAUUUCACCAAACCACAGGAUGGUGAUGUGGUGGCUCCUCAUCUCACUCCAAUGAAGAGAAGUUGGAAUAAAAUGAAAGAUGAUGAACGCAGUGAACCCAGCUGCAAACAAAGGCUUCCCUUUGAUAAGUAACACUUUUCUUUCUGGCACUCUUCAGCCUGUUUCUUCAGAAGAUGAGUAAAUGAGCAACAACUGUUUUAAAAGUCAUUUGGAUAUACUGUCAAAAUUUACAGACCAAUGCAGAAAAGCAUUUUACAAUACAGUGUGUUUUAAUGUAGGUACUUUAAGUCAAUAUUUGAAAUGGACUUUUAAAAAACUAACCACCUAUUACAGCAGAGCAAACUCAGUAAUUGCUUAUUUUUGAAUGUAUUUGCACUGUGUAACAAGAGGAACUUUAAAAAAUGCACUUCAUCACUAUGACAGGAAGUGCUAAAGACACGUUUCUGUUCUUCUCAUCCUGAUCCCUUUUGAAAAUGAUUGUGAUAUCACAUGAGCUAGCAGAAAAACUUCCAGCUCAGGGGUUUUUUGUUGUUGUUGUUUGGGCUUUGGGUUCCUUUUCUCAGUACCUGAGGAAGAGAGAGGUAAGUAUCCUUCUAAAAAUAUAGUGAGGUAAUAAAACUUUUAAAUAACCCCAGAUAGCAUCUGCAAGAACUGCAAAACAAAUUUAUUUUCAAAAAAUUUAGAGGAGGAGAGAGGGGAAUCUGUAAUAACCAGAGAUGAAUUCUGUGGUGUUUAAGUAGCUGAUGAAGAUGCAUGAGGACCUCUUGCUGCAAGUGUGACCAUGAUUUUUAUUGAAGUAACAAUGCAUGGCAGUGAAGUGCAGCCUUUUAUUGUUUUAGAAUGUAUUUUUGAUACAUUGAAUGUUAUAUUUUUACUGUUACACUGAACUGCAAAACAAUGCUCAGCACGUCCAUGCGGAGUGGGGCUUGUCCAAGAGCCCAAGGUUUGUGUGUGGGGUGGGCACAGCACAGCUCAGGGCACGUCCCAGUGGGACACUGGGCUGGCUCUGCUCUGCCUUGCAUCAGGUGCACCUUGUUUCUGCAGCUCUUCAGGAUUCCCUCCAUUCUUGCAACCUUUCCAUGUUUCUCCUGGAUCCCUAAUUGCUGUUCCUGUGUCAUUUUUCUUCCCAUGUGGAACUGCAUGGUUCUCAUAUUUUUUUCCCUGACUUGCAGUGCUCAUGUGAGUGCUGCUGGAUUGAAAAGUGAAUGAGAGAGAUCUUUGUCCUCUUACCUUUUACCCAGGUCUAGGAGGAAAUCUGCUUUCAUUAAAUAAUACCUAAAAGCUUGAAAGACCUGCUCUCAAAACUAAAAAUACAAAGUAAAAGGUUCAACAAUGCUCAGAAAUAGGAGUGAGCUUUGAAUUUUUAUGUCUCAAAUGGGGGAAGAAAAGUUCAGCAUUCAGUUUGGAGCCUGGCUGGCAAGGUUCAGUUCUGAAAUGUCACUCACAGGAAGCCAUGGUGAGAAAUCUGCACAAACUCUUCAUACCUGCUGGCAUUUCCUUUGCCCUUUUUGUAUCAUGAGGCCUGGCAGUUGUUAAGGGGAGGCCAAGGGGUGUGCAUGGACUUGCUCAGAUUUCGUUUGUCCCAAUAACCAGAAGUCAGGUUGUGCUCUGCUGCUGUCCUGUGGCUCAAGGUGCUGCCCUGCCAUCCCUGCUUUUCCUGGCUUUAAUGAUGUCUCAGGUCUGCACCAGGGGACUGUUCAAAGGGCUUGGGACCUCUUGAGGAGCUUUUGAAGAACUUUUUAUUAUUAUGCUUCAAGAAACAACAUCGCAGGGCAUUUAUCUCCCUUAUCUGCAGAAAAUCAAGUAUUGUUCAGAAUAAUGUGAUUUCGUUAUUGUUGCUUGGGUUUGUCUUGAAUCUGUUGUAAAAGGUGCACUUUAUACUUGGGAAAUAUCUUUCACUUAUGUUUAAACAAAGAAAUCAUACUUAAUGUUAAGUUUUGAGAGCAUUUCUAUUAUUUUUUUUUCUUUUUUUCCAAACAUGUUAAUCUGAGCCUCACUGGACAGAAAAUAAAUUUAUAAACAUUGAUUUUA